AUGAGCCCUCCGAAAAAGCGUGCGAACCAUCAUCGAAGUGUGUCGCAGUUCUUUAGCUCACCAGUUAAAAAACGCUCCAAACGCGAGUCUCAGUCUGAUCCCGGCUUCACGACUCAGUGUCAACCCAUCCCUAGGAUCUCCUGCCAGGAAAGAAUCCAUUAUCCGAUUUAUAAUCCCAACGACCCUCGGCACAACCCAGAACUCAAAAACCGACUACAAUCUGCGAUGCCUCCAGAAUCCUCAGAUCGUAAACCAUCUGCACGACCCCAAAAGAUCGCGGUGGCGGUUUCACCAAAGAAGUCUUCACCGUCAAAAUCUCUUCGCCAAGCACGCUCAAGCCUAAAAGCGUUGGCGGGAAGUAUUCGAUCGAAGUCCCUUUUCAAUCGCAAAGAGAUCCCAUCCUUUUCAGAGGCAGAACAUUGCCAACCCCUACCGGAAACUUCACCUCCGAAAUCCCAAGAGGACCUGGGUUUACGUCGUUCCCUUCCGGUCGAUAUUCCAAACCAUUCACCUACGUCAAAAUCAGCGAGUAUCGGGCAACCUCCGGAACUUCCCUCAGCCGAUACACUCGAAAGUCCCGAUGCGGCAAUAUCGUUAUACGGAACAAAGCCUCCAGGCAUUAAAAACAGAAUUUUUGGGUCGCCCUUUUUGUCUAAACUUGUUAAUCGCCGAAGUCGCCAGUCCAGGGUUUCAAAUGAAUUAGAAACGCAUGAUGGUGCCUCGGAUAGAGCGUCUUCGUCGAGUGAUGGCCCUCCCGAAAUAGAGAUUCGCGAUCGCAACUUUGGAAAUGAAGAUAUAUUCGGCCUAUUCUAUGAAGCGAAUACAUCUUUAGAUGUCUUAAGCAAUACAGAACAACCUUCUUCGGCUCAUAACACUCCGAGUGCCGCACAAACAUCGACCACACUUACCCAAUCCGCUACAUGCCCUCCUUUUGAAACCGUCGAUGGAACACCCAUGGAAUCUACAUCGUAUGGCUCCACCCUAGCCAAUCCCUGCGAUGCAAGUGCGAAUUCAGUUUCGGGUCGAGCUACUUUCCAGUUGCCUUCCCAUCGAGCCUCUUCGAGGAUCUCUGAUUCCCAACUAUCUUUGGAGCCAGGAAUGUGGAUGGCUAGCAAAAAUUUCCGUGCUUCCCAGACAUCAGUUCGCGCCGUCUCUGAGUGUAACACUGAACAAGAUUCCACUUUCGGCACCGACUUGUGCCGCACUGAUUGUCAAGCGGAUGGGGACAGUGACAGUCUAGGUAAUAACCCCUUGCUGUUGCCAUGGCUAGUUUCCAUGGGAGCCUUUCAGAAUGAUCGUGAGAUUAAACCCAUUUUGGACUGUUCCAUAUUUUCUAAGUGCUCAGAAAUUCUAGCAGAUUCCGCACAUCUCGCCCAACACCGAGACAGCCCAGUUGGUGGCAAUGUUGGCAAGCACAUCCGAAUGACUAGUGCUAGCGAUGUCUUGACCCCCUCCACAACAGAAGAAACCAAAGAUGCGGCAAUCGGCUAUCAGUUGCAUCCUAUCACCCCCGGUAGUCAAAGCCUGGACGAGGGAAGAAAGCCUGAUGAGUGGGGUGUUGGGCAAGUAUCUCAAACACCUAUGGAAAAGGAUUACCCUACGAGACCGGAACGCAAAGCUGAAUGUUCCCAAACCGUGGAACAACUACCCUCAAGCUUGCUCUUUUUGGUUGAGGCUAUCGAUCGAACGUCUGGCCUUGAGUUGGAUCAUCGUUUCAAUGAUAACGAAGAGUUUCAAUCCCCCGCUGAGUUGCUUCCCAUCGGCCUGUCGGAAUCAUUUCGCGAGGAACAGUUGCGCUCAAAGACAAAACUCCGCAAAACUGAUCAGAGAGAAUAUGCAUCUUUGCUUAGCGAAGGGUUGAACGCGGGAACCAAGUCUCCAGGGGAAACCGGAAAGUGCCCAAUCAUGUCAGUAUCAGCCUCAACGGCUAUGCGGGUGCGUCUAUCCUUGAGUGAUACAUCUAGACAUAAGGUCAACUCCGAACCUGAUCCCAACUCGGGAAUUAGAGAUAUUGGAGGACGUUUAAAUCGCAAAGAGGGCUCCAGCGCUGAUUCUAACGACUCAAGUCAAAGCGAGCCGAUGAGUAGCACAACACACGCUACUACUUUUAGCUCUAUCUCGAGUAUUCGAGACUUCGAAAGUGAGAAAAAAAGACUGGACAUAUUCCCUUCCCUUAAGGAGAUGAACCCCAAUGAGAGCAACAAUCACUAA